GCCGCACGUCAUCGGUCUUUGUGUCAGCAGUAGCAGAAGCAGUAUCGGCUAACCGUGCGGGAAUAAACGCGUGAACGAUACACGAUGCGAUAUCUGACACAGUGAUUUAUAUGAUCCUUCAUCAGUACACGUGAAGAUGUGUGACCUGCGCUCAGCGCUCGUUCAUGAGGGCUGGUACCUGACAGAUGAAGGAAUCGAGGAGUGUAAGAGUUCUUCAGACACUGAGAAAGCAUCACCUGCUCAUAUCAUCCAAGUAGCUCUAAAUAGUGAUCUGAGACCCAUAGGAAAGAGUUUCCUGCCUGCGGACAUCAACAGCGGCCGGGUAGAGAAGCUGGAGGGUCCCUGUGUUCUUCAGGUGCAGAAGAUUCGUAAUGUUUCAGCUCCUAAAGAUCACGAGGAGUCUCAGGCGGCACCCAGAUUGCUUCGUGUCCAGAUGACGGACGGCCACGUCACCUGCGCCGGCCUUGAGUUUAAACAGCUCUCCAAAAUCAGUCUGAACACUCCGCCUGGAACCAAAGUGAAGCUUCUGGGAAACGUCCAGGUUAAGAACGGAAUCCUGCUGUUGGACGAUUCCAAGAUUGCCGUUCUUGGAGGCGAGGUGGAUCACAUGAUUGAGAAAUGGGAGUUGCAGAGGAGUCUCAACAAACACAACCGGAGGAACGUCAGCGCUGAGGGGGGACCACCUCCUUUUGUUCCGUUAGGACAGAAGUGUGCUCAUAAAGAGCAGGUGGACAGCAGAGCUCUAGACCAGCGGAAAACCCUUCAGACCACCAACGCCACCAAAACCACCGAAGACAACGAUGAGUUUGCCAAACAGAGAACGGCAGCCAUCGCGGAGGUGGCCAAGAGUAAAGAGGCUCGUACGUUUGGUGGCGGAGGGAACGCCGGUGGAAAUCUCGCCAAUCCUGGUUACACCUAUAAGAACCGAGAUGUUUAUCAGAGGAAGAGAGAUGAGCAAGAGAAGCCGUGGACGGAGAGCAAAUCGGAAGGAGUUUACAGGGAUUUGGUCGAUGAGCGAGCUCUCGGAGACAUCAUGGAAAUGGGUUUUAACCGAGAAGCGGCCAGACAGGCCCUGCUGGACAAUAAUAAUGAUGUGGAGGUGGCGCUCAACUCUCUUCUCACCGCAACUAACCAGCUCAAGACGGCUCAGACGGAGCAGAGCCGUCCACCUGCUCGAGGAAAAGGUCGUGGACGCGGACGCUCGAGACAGGGUGAGGAUGAGGAGGCUGGAGGAAGACCAUCAGCGCCCAGCACACUGUUCGACUUCCUCGAGUCAAAGAUGGGAACAUUUUCUAUUGACGAGUCCAAGAACCAGCCAUCACAACACGACCAUCAAGCUAAGAUGAGCUUCACGUACACAUCUGAUCAGAUGUUCAGAGACGCCCCUCAUUCCAGACAACAACCUCCACGGAAUGAAGGACGCUCGCAGAGGAACGACAGACCUCCACGCUUCCAAAAAGACAGAGACUUUACUAAACCCAGUCCGGCACCGUCUUCCGCCCUCUCUGGACCACAGAAAGAAAGAGAUGGAGAGAGGACAGAAAGACGAGGGGCCGAACAAUGGAGAAACGACAGUCGAGAUGCUAAAGGUUCACAUAUAAACUCCUCAGGACGGUGCAGGGAACAGCAGGGUCCCUCUGGAAGCGUCCAUCAGGCCUCAAAGGGAUUCCAGCAGGAAUCUCGUAACGGUGGAUGGAGAGAGCAGGACGGCCCGGGAAGAUCCGAUGCUCCGUCCUUUAAAAAGAAGCAAACAAAUGGACCCAAGUUCUCAAAUUCUGCUGCGCCGGCCUCAGACCCCAGAGGUAGAUAUGAGCCCAACACCAGAAAGAAAGGCCGGCCCAGUUCGGGCUACUUUGAUCGUACCCAAGAUGCAUCGGGCGGCACAGCUGUGAAAAAAGACUGUACAGAUGAUGGGGGAUCGGGUCAGUUCAAAGGAGGCGUCCACCUCGCCAACGGUGUUACGGAACAUAAACGGAGCGGUCCAAUCAAAGCACAGUCCACAGGCCCAAAACAGAGCAACACGCAUAACUCCACCCCCAAGAAAAGAUCCGGUCCGAUCAAAGGUCCGAGAGAUCCGGCGGACACGAACAGUCAUGCGAACUGGAGGGCUGGCGACCAGUGCUUAGCGCUUUACUGGGAAGAUAACAAGUUUUAUCGGGCGAGGAUCGACGCGGUCCACCCCUCCGGCUCUACAGCUGUGGUUGUGUUCAGUGACUAUGGCAACUGUGAGGAGGUUCUGCUUCACAACAUCAGACCUCUACAUGAGGACGUAUGGGAAGAUGAAGAUGUUUAUUAUGAGAGUUCUCUAGAAUUUCGACGAGGAGGAGACGGACAUUCUCGCCGCCCUCGACCCACUCAACAGUACUACCAGCCGCCACGGGCGAGAGACUGACACACACACACACACACACACACACAAUGAAUUUGAUUCGUUUGGCACACCAAUAAAUCGUUUUUUUUGUAAACUAACACACUUAACAUGUUAGUUGAACUGGAUUCAUGGUUCACGACUAGUUGAGGUAACUACUGCAAAUAAACUGCUCUGUUAUUCUAUAGAUUCUGUAGGAAACAAUAGAAAUGCAAAGAUCUUCUCUCCCGUGCAGUCACGGGUCCACAGGACAGCGACUCUAAUGCAUGUUUUCUUCUCAAAUUCUUAUUACUCUAAUGCACAAGAAAAAACGUAAAUAAAUCAUAAAUCGUGUUUUUAAAGCAUGUAACGGUAAUGAAAACGAGAAUUACAAAUCAACAUCUGUCUGCAUUACAGCAAUGAGAAUUUGAUCAUAAAACAAUUCACAAACACAAUUCAGCCUCAGUAAAUCUUAACGGUUGAUGAACAGAAGGUUUAUGUUCUUUAUGCAAAUUCUUGUUUGUUUGUUCACAGUAACGCGGGCGAAAUGAUGCGAUGUUUGAGAUCGUCACGUGAUAAUGUGAUGAUUUCAUGCCUUGUUUAAUAUUUUUGGCAGGUUUACUGGAAGCUGACGACGUUUUUCAAUUCUAAGUAUGAUAAUCUGAUCUCUGUAUGAAGAGAUGAAAGAUCAUAUCUCAGAAGUGUAAGGGCUUGUGUUAAUGCGAAUGACUGCUGUACACAGUGAACAUUUGUAAAGAACUUGAUAUGAAUUAUUAAAGCGCUACGUUCUUUUCUUCAAACUGCAAUGUGUCA